AUGCAGCCUCGCGGUUGCUGCCACCUGGGCUCCCCCUACGGCCCGCCGCACAGCUUGGCAGCCGGGGUGCCCCGCAGGCAAUGGCGAAGGGGGGCGUCGAGACCGACGAUAGUGUGCGGGCUGCAGGCUGGCAGUGACCUGGUAAAGAGCGGGAAAGUACGGGCGGUUACGGCACAGGAACUUAAGGCCCUCUUGGACAGCGGCUACAAGCUGCUGGAUGUGCGACCAGAAUAUGAAUAUGAGCGAGCAAGGGUGAAGGGGUCCCUGCAUUGCCCUUUCUUCGUCGAAGACAAAGGCACCGAUCCACUGACCUGGAUAAGACGGGCAACACAUGCUG